AUGGCGAGGUCUCCGGGUUGGCUCCCCCUGCUGGCGUGUCUGAUCGCCGCGUGCCUGCUGGCCGCGGGUGGCUCGCCGGACCGUGACAGCGACGAGGCCUACCUGGUGACGGCAAAGGCCGGCCCGAUCGACGCCUUCAACCAGUGGGCGGCGGAGCGAAACAGGUCCUACGUGGAAGGCACGGAGGAGUAUGGAACCCGGUUCGACACGUGGCUGGCGAACGUGGAGUACAUCAUUGAGUACAACAAGCAGCACGAGAGCCACUGGUUGGCGAUGAACGACUUUGGGGACAUGACCCACGAAGAGUACAAGCGGCUGCUGGGGGCCAAGGUGCCCAAGGGCAAGCGGCGGCAGGUAGAGGAGCCAUCUGUCGAUGACAAUGACUGGGUGCCCCCAUACAUGGACUGGAGGGAAGAGGGAGCUGUGACUCCGGUCAAGAACCAACGAGAAUGCGGCAGCUGCUGGGCGUUCUCGGCUGUGGGCGCUGUGGAGGGCAUCAACGCGAUCUACACAGGCGAGCUGUUUUCCCUCAGCGAGCAGGAACUCGUCGAUUGUUCCUCAAAAGACUGGGGCUGCAGCGGUGGGUGGAUGGACGAUGCAUUCGAGUUUGCGCAGAAGCAUGGCCUGACAUUGGAGAAGGACUACAAGUACAAGGCGGAGGAUGAGAAGUGCGAGAAGAAGAAAGAAAAGUUGUAUUAUGCGAUGAUCGAUGGCCAUAAGGAUGUGCCAAUCAACGAGCAUGCAUUGAUGAAGGCGGCCGCACAGCAGCCUGUCAGCGUUGCCAUUGACGCCGAGAGUGAGCCAUUCAUGUUCUACGGAGGCGGUGUCUAUGACGAGCCAUGCGGCGUCAUACCUGACCACGGCGUCCUUGUCGUCGGUUAUCACAAGCACUCCACUGACUACACCCACGGCGGCGGCUACUGGAUCAUCAAGAACUCCUGGGGGAAGAAUUGGGGGGAGCACGGCUACAUCAAAUUCAGGAUGGGCAUGAACGGCGGCAUGGGCCAGUGCGGCAUCGCCCUACACGCGUCGUACCCCACCAAGAAAUAUGAAGACGCCCUGAGCUGGCCCCGGUCCGCAGGCGCAGAGAUCGCGACCACCUGA